AGUAACCAAGAGAGACACACACUAUACACAGAGUAUCUACCUAUUUGUAUACACCAUUCCACUGUUUUGUAUUUUGUUUCUUUAGUAUCGCAGUGUCAAUUGAGUGGUCGAGAUCACGAAUGUGUCGCGGCAGGUCCGUGUUUCGAGCGUGAAUCUAGUACAGGUGAAAUUUGAUCAAAAAUAAGCACCAAUUAAUCGUCGUUUUUUCCGCGAGUUUUUGUGGUUUCUUCAGAGAUUGAUAUUUAAUUUGAAAAGAUCGGUGUUUACAUUCUACUUAGAAUUUGAUCCUAUAUACGAAGCCGUUCCUAGAUGUAUUGCAUCAGUGUAUCAUCAUCGACCGCCGUGAUUAUAAAAAGAAGGAUACGAGUUUAUGUGUCGACGACGUGGUGCCCUUAAUAUGACUUAAGUCAAAUAUACUUUCAAGUGAUGAAUAUGUGGAAAUUCGUGCUAGUUUCGGUUCUGUAUUUUUCAUCUUGUUCGUGUUAUCCCGCGAAACCGCUAAAUGAAAGAUCCCCCGAUUUAACAUGGGAAGCCUGGUUAUUAGUAGACGAUCAUAAUCAGAAUAAACAAAUUUCAGAAGGUGUUUUAAGACGAAGAAUCACCCCCAAAUCGGUGUUUAUAGCGCCGACGUUUAGCCCCGAAUCUUUACCGGCUUGCGCCGAAGGUUACAGCUCCGAUCACUUAGGAAGAUGUAUUAGAAUCAUCAAGUUAGAUCAAGCGGCUCACUAUGAUUUCCUCAUUGAAAAAUUGAAAGAAAAAUUCAAUCCUAUAGAUUACGACGACUAUUACGACGACGAUAUCCAAACACCAGGUCCUUAUCAAGUUAAUAUCCCGUUGGGGCUUCAAAAUGACGAAACUAUCGAGGAAUCAGACGUAGCCAUCGUGGUCUCCCCAACUAAACCCCAAUAUCAGGAAAGUAAACUCGAUAAAAGAGAUGACGUAGUCGAGGAAAAUCUACAAGAAAAUUUAAAAACUACGAUAGAAUCUACGACGACUGAAAUAACUGAUACGACAACUCAAGUUACUACAGAAACUACCGUAGCAGUUACAGAUGAAACUACAACGGCAGAAACUACUUCUAAUUCCGAUUGGAAUGUAGAAAAUAAAACUACAACGACGUCUUCGUCCAACUUAGUGCGGUUUCCCGAUGAACCCGAGACAAAAACUCUAAUACAAUCCCGCGUCAAGUUUCCUAGUGACGACGAAGCGCUACUCUCCCAAAUUCCCCCAUCGGUGAAUCACAAUCCCAGAUCUAUUCACGAAUCCCAGCAAUCGGACGAACCUAUCAUAGAUUUCGAUCUUAUUAAAUUUCGAGAUUCUACUUCCCGGUUACCGGAAGAUGCUUUAAGCAGAAGGAACCGCGAUAAAAAUAAUGGUUUGUUUGUGUUGCCUCCUAGAUGGACUGAUAGCAACUAUCGAAGACCCGUGGUUUUGAGGUUUUCCAGGAAACAUGCCUAUCUGGAUAUGGAGCAGUUCAAAAAACCUAAUUAUUAUAGGUCGAUACCUACCGAUGAUUUUGCUUAUUUGUUCAAAUUCAAACACAAAAGGUGAUUUAGUUCGUGUAUAGUUUAGAUGUUUUACUGUAUCAGUACUUGAAUUUCGUUCAAGGGCGGUCCUCGUUCUUCACAAAAUUAACAAAUAUUUGCGUCGACCAUCGUAUCUGCAAUACGUCAAAACGUCAUAAACAGUUUUGUAGCUUUUUAAUUAUUUCAUCGAAAAAUCGUUUUCUUCAUUUUUAUAGUAAAAGUUGUUGCCUCGUCGUGUAGGUUAAAAAGUUUUUUUUCGUCGUAUUCCGUUCUCAAAACUUGUACAGGAUAUUUCUUCUUUCUUUUUUGUUUUUAUUAUAUAAUCUCGCCAUCUAUAUUCGAUUUAAUUAAAGUCUUCUCGUUCUUUUUCUAAAUUUUAAAUCCUUUUUUCUUCUAUUUAGAUGUCAUAACAUGAAUAAGGCAUUUCUUCUUUUUUGUUUCAACAUUCUUUUGUCCCGCCAUAUUCGAUUAACCGAUAUCUUUCUUCUUCUAGUCUAAAAUUUGUUACGUUAUUCAAAUUUUGAAUUUCUUUUUCUUCUUUUUCAUUAAAUUAACCCAAACAAAGCAUUUCGUCUUUUUGUUUCACAAUUCUUUUGUUCCGCCAUAUUUUAUUCAACCGAUGGUUAUCUUGUUCUAGCUCUCCACUAAAAUUUAUCUGGAAUUCCCUUAUCUUCUAUUUCGCUGUUGUCAUAUCUGAAACGAGGCAUUUCUUCUUGUUUUGAAUCCUUUUAUCUCGCAAACAACAUUUAAAAUAAUCAAGGUCUUUCUUCUUAUGGUUCUCUGCUAAAAUUUUCUACGUCAUUCAAAUUUUGAAUCUAUUUUUCUUCUAUUACAACACAAACAAAGUAUUUCUUCUUUUUUUUAGCAAUUCUUCUGUCUCGCCAUCUUUGAUUUAACCGAUGUGGUUAGUCUUCUAGCUCUCUACUAAAAUUUGCUAAGCUUUAUAAUAUUUGAAAUUCUUUUUCUUCUAUUUCGUUAUCAACAUUUAAUUCAAUGUCUCCUAAAUCUUAAAUUUCUUCAUCUUCUCCUAUUUCGCUGUCAAAUCUAGUACAGGACAUUUCUUCUUUUAUCUCGAUUCUUCUGUAUCACUUUCUUCUUCUAAUUCUUUACCAAAAUUUGCCACGUCUUCUAGAUUUUGAAUCCCUUUUCUUCUCUUUUGAAAUCAUAACUCGAACAAGGCUUUUUUUUAUUUUUUGUUUCAAUACUUCUAGUUCUAGCAAAAUUUGUACCAUCUCCUAGAUUUUCAAUAUUUUUUUAUUCUACUUCAUUGUUAAUACGCGAACUGAGAGUUUCUUCUUCUUCUUCAAUUUUUCUAUAUCAAGCAAAAUUCAAUUCAAUCGAGGCCAUUCUUCUUUAAGCUUUCAACCAAAAUUUUCCACGUGUUUUUCUUCUAUUUCGUUGUCUUAAGGCAUUUCUUCUUUUUACUGAAUUCUUCUAGAUUUUAAAUCUCUUUGUCAUAAUUCGAACUGGGAAGCUUCUUCUUUUUUUUCUAAUUCUUCUAUCUCGCAAUCGACAUCUAAUUUAAUCGAGGCCUUUCUUCUUUAAGGUGUCAACCAAAAUUUUCCACGUCUUUUUCUUCUAUUUCUUCUUAUAAUUUCUCUACCAAAAUUUGACAUCAAAACUGAUAGGUGACAUUUCUUCUUUUUUUUCCACUUCUUGUAUCUCAUCGUCAACUUCUGAAUAGAGUUUUUACGAUGAUUUCUCGAGUUCAUUCAUUCAUUUCACAAAAAUUUUACUCACUCCUCCAAGAUGAGAAUUAGUUUGACCCAUUUACUAAAUUGAUUUAAUAGAUACGACCUUACAACAGUUAGUAAAUAUGGUCGAGAUAUAUCUUUUAAAACUUUUGCAGAUGCAAUAACAAUAACGGGACCACUCUGUAUAUAUUUUCGUCUUGUCGUAAUUCGGCUUCUUUUUUUUAAAUAUCCAAUAAUCGAAAUUACCUUAUACAAAAUUUGUUUCGUAUUUUGAGAAUUGUUGCAAGUAUUUUUUUAAAAAUCUCGACAAUAUCACAAAAUCUAUUGUAAUGUACUAAAUUGUCAGUAAUUGAAAAAAAUCUAGUUAUUAUAGCCAUAAUAAAAAUUGGUGCAGACGUAUAAAAAAUACUACACAGUAAUUAUCCACAAUUUAUAGCUUAACCGGUGUUGCCAGACUCAAUAAAGUUAUAAUUUUUUAAUAAAGUAAAAAAUAAACCUUCUAAAUUGAAUUAAAGAGAUAAAUAACUUGAUUUUUGACGUUUGAAAACGUAUUUUUUUAUUUUCUUCAUUAAUACCAGUUUUCUCUGUUUUAAACUGGAUUUUUUAUUUUAAUUUUGUACAUUACAUUUUAUUUUCAGUAUUAAAUUCGUCAAACAUCACUUAAUUAUUUUUAUAUUAACCUUGUAUAAAUAUAAAUCCCAAACUAUGUUGCCAAACCGUUCAAUGAAAAGCUGGAAAAACUUUGUAAAACCUUGUUUAUAUUCUUAUGGAUAUAAAAAAAAACAGUUUAUUAAAUUUUCUUAACGUACAUUUAACAAAAAAAUUCUCAAGUAAAAUGAUUUUUAUAAACAAUAGAUUCCAUAUAAGACGGAAACGUCAAAAAUGUUGUAUACAUGGCAACACUACCAAGAUAAAUUUUACGUAUAUUUCAGUUGAGAACAUCCAUGCUUGUUUCGUUGUGUUGGGAUUUAUAUAUACAAUACAUUGACAUGUUUCAGAAGUAAAAUAUAAUCAUACUCGUAUAUAUUUCAAUGUACAAAUUGUAUAGUACGUAUAUUAAAUAUUGAUGUAUAUAUUAUGUAAAGUGAAAAUAUGAAAUAUAUCAACAAACUACGAGUUUUUAAAAAAAAUAUUUUGACAGCAAACUGUAUGAAUAUAUUUUAUAUUUUUACUUAUACACCAGGGCCUAACUGUACUAAGUAGAGGUAUUAUUUAUUGUUAUAUAAAUGUUUUAAUAAUAAUGUAAUUGUCGUGCCAGUAUAUCCAAUAAAACAAUAUAAACUUA